AUGGGUUGGCUUCAGCUCAAACGCAAGGCCACCGUGCUUCCUCUUCACACCGUUGCUACCACAGAGGAAAAUUGCCAUCCUGCUCAUAUCGAGUGCGUCGUCAUCAGCACUGCGCAAACACUACAGUAUCCACUUCUCCCAGAGGAUGUCCCAGACACCGAGCUACCUUAUAUCCCUGCAACUACGGUGUUAGACAGGACUUUGAGAAACGGCAGACUUUGGAUCGUGGUUGACGACAUCAUCUAUGACUGCACAGAUUUUGUCUUCGAACAUCCUGGUGGUAGCACAGUCAUAAAGAGUUUUGAGGGCAAGGAUUGCACAUGGCAGUUUUGGCGAUUUCACACUCGAGAGCACAUGAGAGACUACGGUAGAGCCCUGCGCGUUGGCAGGACCAAAGGCGUCAAAAAUCCAUACAAGGAGCCACCACGAUACGUAGGUCUUAGGAAGAUGGGUUUCGCAGACGAUGAUUGGUGA